AUGAAGAAGAAGAAGUCUAACUUUCUUAAAGAACUGGCUGAAAAGAAAGAUGCUGUUGUUGGUGAAACCAUCAUUUUACCAUCCUCCUUCCCAGGCUCAACACGAUACUAUGCUGAACAAUUUGAAGACGCCAUGGCUAUAGUACGACGCUUCGGUUCACCAGACUUCUUUAUAACCAUGACAUGUAAUCCGGAAUGGCCUGAAAUAAAAGAAGCUGCCCGUAUUGUUACCGAGGAAGGGUUUGUUAUUCAGCAGCGAGCUCAAGAUCGUCCUGAUCUCGUUGCGAGAGUAGCAAAGCUGAAGUUUGAAACCAUCUUUGGGAAAGUAGCAGCCUAUGUUUAUACUAUUGAAUUUCAAAAGCGUGGUCUCCCUCACAUGCAUCUUUUACUAAUUAUGAGAUCGGAAGACAAAGUGCACAAUCCUGAUGAGCUAGAUGAUUUAAUUUCUGCUGAGAUCCCAGACAACACAGAUCCUGAGUUGCGAGAACUGGUAUUGAAAUGGAUGAUCCAUAAUCCUUGCGGUGAACAUGACUUAAAUGCGUCAUGCAUGAAAAACCACAAUGGAAAAAUUCACUGCCGUUUCGAUUUCCCCAAACCUUUUCAAGAAACAACAUCACUGGUUGACGACGAAAAACCAAAAUUAAGACGUCGGUAUGAUUCCAGACUGGACCAGCAGAGCCCUGAAUUUUCUCACGAACUAGCUGUCUACCGAAAAGACAAGUCUGGUAGAAGAAUAACCAGAGACAACCGCCACGUGGCUCCUUACAAUGCAUAUUUGCUGAAACUUUUCAAUUGCCACAUAAACGUUGAAUUUGUUGGAAGCAUUAGAGCAGUGAAAUAUUUAUACAAAUAUAUUUACAAAGGACAUGACUGCGCCUAUAUUAAAAUUGUGGAGGAGCAAAAAAGAAUAAAUUAUAAUGAACCAGACACAUACAUUGAAGGGCGGUGCAUCACACCACCGGAGGCUUGCUGGCGUUUAUCUGGAAAUGAACUCCAAAAGAAGAGCCAUGUAGUGCAACGUCUUGACAUACAUCUUCCUGGUCACUACCGAAUGUCAGACAUUGUGAAUGUGCAAGAAGAUCUGGCGGACACUGGCAUUAAGGGUUCCACAUUGGAGUCUUAUUUCAAAACCAAUGCAACCAAGAAGCAAAAAGAAGAAGCUAACCGUCUUGCUGGACUGGAUGAAGAAAUUACCUACCACUUUUAUUGGCAGAUGCCCGAGCAUUUUAAAUGGAUCGGAAGGACGAGUGAAUGGGUUGAGAGGCUUCGACAAAUCAAUGUUAUUGGUCGUAUCCACAGCGUUAAUUUUGUUGCCCAGCCAGAGUUAUACCAUCUCAGGAUGCUUUUGUACCACGUCAAUGACGCUACAAGUUUUGACGAACUUCUUAAAUUUAAUGGUAUCAGGCAUGCCACGUUCAAGCAAGCGUGUCUUGCUCGAGGGCUUGCCUAUGAUGACCAACAGUGGAUAGAUGGUCUGCAGGAAUCGGCCAUGUCAAAAACACCUAGAGCCAUGAGAACACUAUUUACACAGAUUUUAAUAUUUGGAUCUCCAGAAAAUCCAAAAAGACUUUGGGAAAUGUUCAAAGCAGAUCUGGCUGAAGAUUUUCUUCUAGAAAUAGAACGCACAGGUGGCCGAGUGGAAGACGCGAUAAAUCAUACCUAUCGAAUUAUCGCCUCCAAAUUAAAUACCGAAGCCACAGAAGGCAGAGAUUUUCAGUACUGGGUCAACACCUUUGGCAUGGACAACAUUGACUUUGUCAAUAACCAUUUAAAUGUGGAUAUGCUUAACAACGACUGCUCAAUACUGGAAGGGGAACGGUUGUAUGGACUCCUAAAAGGGAAACAGCUUGACAUAGUGAAUACCAUUCUUGAUGCUGUCACAAGUCAUAACUCUGGACCAAGAUGUUUUUUUAUUGAUGGACCUGGAGGUACUGGAAAAACGUUUGUGUACAAAACUAUUUAUCACAUUCUUCGGGGUCGAAAUUUCAAUGUGAAAUGUAUGGCAUUUACAGGAAUAGCAUCAAUUCUUUUGCCUAAUGGACGCACCUCACACAAAACAUUUGGCCUCAGUGUGCCCCUUACACCUGAAUCAGUUUCAAACAUAAAGCUAGGAUCAAUGAAAGCUGCUCAGUUAGCGGAAGUUGAUGUAUUUUUAAUGGAUGAGGCCCCUAUGCUGCCAAAAUACGGACUUUCUACCGUAGACCAGCUACUAAGAGCAAUCGGCAAUGCAAAAGAGCCUUUUGGAGGAAAAACAAUAGUUUUGGGGGGCGACUUCCGGCAAUGUCUUCCAAUUCAGCCACGAGCUAACAGAAGUGAGCUUUUAGACGUAUCCCUUAAAAAGAGUGACUUAUGGAGACAUUUUAGAAUAUUUCGAUUAACCAGAAAUAUGAGAGUUGAUGAAGAAGAGACGGAUUUUGCCGAGUUUCUUUUAAGGAUUGGAGACGGUGAACUGCCAUUGAAUGAUAUGGGUGAAAUAGCAUUGCCACAAGAUGUCAUCUCAAAAACAAACAUUAUUGACGAAGUUUAUGGGGAAUGUUUGGCAGAUAAAAGUUACGAACAAAUGAAAGACAGGGCAAUUCUGGCUCCCUUAAACAAAGAUGUCAAUUUAAUCAAUUGUGAGCUUAUAGACAGAUUACCUGGAGAGGAAAAAGUCUAUUUUAGCUUUGAUUCAAUCAAGGAUAUGUCAGAAGGUACACUUCAAUUUACCACAGAAUUUUUAAAUUCCAUAGACAUCGCUGAUUUGCCUCCACACAAACUAAAACUAAAAAAAAACACAAUUAUCAUGCUACUUAGGAACUUAGAUGUUUCAGAAGGACUCUGUAAUGGGACGAGGCUCAUUGUCACUGAACUGUGUAACAACAUAAUUAUUGCUAAGAUUCUAACUGGCGAACAUUUUGGAAAGGCUGUUCACAUUCCCAGAAUCACUCUAGAUUCCAGUAAGGGGAAACUUGGAUGCACAAUGCAGCGCCAUCAAUUUCCUGUGACCCCUGCUUUCGCCAUGACAGUCCACAAAUCACAAGGUCAAACAUUCCAGUUCGUUGGAGUUGAUCUCAGGGUCCCAGUCUUUAUGCAUGGUAUGCUGUAUGUGGCCUUUUCAAGAGUGAAACGACAAAGUUGUUUGAAAGUCCUUCUUCCCCGAGACAACGCAAAUUACACCCGGAACGUUGUGUGGAAGGAAGUGUUGAACUAAGAUAAAGAAGCCUGUUUGUACCGGAGAAUUGAUGUACUGGAUAGCAAGUGGUAGUGGGAAGCAGAGAUGUGAGUCCUCAUUAGACAUUGCUAUGCUAGCUCCGUGGCUUUGAACCAACGUUAGACUAUCUAUGACCAGCGUUCAUCUGACUCAAGGAAGAUUUGAUAAUGUACCUAAGGCGUGUCUAACUGCAAGAUCCACAGACCUAAUUGUUUAUGUUUUAUCUCUUUGGAUAUGACAUACCUUUAUUAUAAAACAAUAAUAAUCCACUCUAGCCCUACAAUUUAUGUCUGGAAGAAGUAGAGUUCUUUAGUGCUUGUAUAUGUUUACCAAAGAACAGUUUUAGUAGAUCAGAUAAAAAAACUAAAAUAUGUCUUACAUUUCUACAAAAUCGAUGCAUUGAAACAAAUGGAGAUCAUAGAGAUCAAAAGUGAUCUAAUAAUAGUGAACAUUUGGUGAAACUGCUCAACAUGUAUUUUGUACAUGAAUCAAAUCUUUUUUGCACCAACAUUAUAUUUUUUUUAUCAAUUUAUUUUUGUUCUCUAGGAAACUCUUGGGUUUUGCAGUAUUUGUUUAAUACUGCAGUUAAGUAUCCUUUUUUUUUCUAAUACCAUUAAAUUUAACUAUUAUGUAUAAUUAUUAAAUGUAUAUAAUCAAGUAUUAUGUAUGGUAAUUACAUUUAAGUAACACAGUUUUAUGUAUGGUCAUUA